GAGCUCUUCCCUAAGGCUUAACCAGUAUUCGAACGUUGCAAAUUCGAAUUCGGCGCGAGUUGCUAGUUAUUUUAUUUGGAAUAUUCGAGGCCAAACACGUUUAGUUAAUAGUAUCGCGAAUGGGAGCUCGGAUUUUCUUGACUUCGAAGCGAAAGUUAACUCGAAAUUAAUCGUAAUCUAGGAAGUAGUUAAAGUAGUGUAGUUAAAUUUUGAAUUGAGUUAACAGCUCAAGUCGAAUUUCCGAAAAGAAGCCAUUUGGUUGCACCAAGGAAAAAUCAGAAAGCGCACAGUGACGAAAACUACAUUUCGCAGAUCCAUAAUUGAAUUAUAAUAUCAAUAAAGUUCAGCAGAAUGCACGUGCACAGUGCAUUCAUUCAGUUUACACUAAUAGAAUCGGCCAAGCCAAACGCCACAAGAGCAAAGUAGGAAAUUUGAAUGGAUUGUGUAAUAUUCAAAUGUGGCUUUAAUGUUCGAAUUCAGAGGUGAUUUUACCACGGCUUUGAUCGUUGUGCUGCAGUUCUUCCUGCAGGUGUAUAAUGGUGAAUUUUUGAACCGGAACCUCAAUAAUAUUAGCGAUCCGUUUAAAACUCUAAUAGAUAGGAUUGAGUUCAGUGACAGUAACGUAACCUGUGUAGAUAAAGAAAAACGUGCGUGCGUGGAAAACGGUGCAACUGGGGACAAAGCCAAGCUGGAAGAAGUGAAAAGACUUCUCACCUCCAGGAAGAUGGCAGUAGGAAGUGACGAAGAUGAUGGGAGUGAAGCGAAUGAUACAAGCGGUGAUGAGAGUAAACUAGAACGUAAAGAAACUUGGCCAAUAAUCAACAACAAAAUCUCGCAAUGCAUGUGUGUCACGAUCCCUUGGCUAAGAAAAGCUCAUCGUGCUCUUGAACUUCUCGAGGAUUACCAUUCGCGCUUAUCAGAGCCACAAGACCGUGCACUUCGUAUAGCAAUCGAAAGAGUUAUACGAAUCUUCAAAUCACGACUGUUCCAAGCAUUAUUAGAUAUCCAAGAAUUCUAUGAAUUAACAUUAUUAGAUGAGUCGAAAACAACUCAACAAAAAACUGCGGAAACGUUACAAAUCGCUAGUAAAUGGGAGCAGGAAGGACAUACAAUUAAACCAAUAUCGGAUAAUCAACGAUUUAAGAUAGAUUCAGACAAAUCAAAAGACCAAACUCUAGUGCAACCACUGCAUCAUCAAGUGUUGCAUCAACAGAAUGACGAAGAAAAUACAAAUAAAAUCGGAUUGGAAGAUCCAGCUUUGAAACGGUCCGAAUCCCCACCGAAACAAAUGGCACACACACCAGCUGCUUCCAAUGACAUGAAGGUAAACGGGGAUGACCGCUGGCAUUAUUUCGACAUAACACUGGAACGGGGAAACUCAGGACUAGGGUUUUCUAUUGCGGGUGGUACAGAUAAUCCACAUAUAGGUACUGAUACGUCGAUUUACAUUACGAAACUUAUUCCUGGUGGAGCUGCAGCAACCGAUGGACAUCUCAUGAUAAAUGAUAUUAUUGUAUCUGUUAAUAAUGUAUCAGUAGUAGAUGUAACACACGCAAGUGCCGUUGAUGCCCUGAAAAAAGCAGGCAACACUGUUAAACUUCAUAUAAAACGGAAACAACCUCCAGCAGGACCCGUAAUAGAAAUUGAUUUAGUGAAAGGAUCAAAAGGGUUAGGAUUCUCGAUUGCUGGCGGAAUCGGAAACCAACACAUUCCUGGCGACAAUGGAAUCUAUGUUACGAAAAUAAUGGAGGGUGGUGCCGCCCAUGUCGAUGGGCGUCUUGAGAUUGGGGAUAAACUAAUAGCUGUUCGAAACAACUCGAAUGAUAAGAACCUUGAAAAUGUCACACACGAACAAGCUGUAGCUGCGCUUAAAUCCAUCACUGAUAAAGUCACAUUAGUUAUUGGUAAACCACGACAUAUAGUUAAUUCGUCUCUAGCUCAAGUGAAUUCCCAUUCAACCGGAGCUGUAAAUAACAUAGGACAAAACGUUGUAGAUUUCGGAAGAUCUGCAUCUCCCGGCCCAGCUACUUCGAGAUCACAUUCUCCAUUACCUCAACCGGCAUCGCGCUACGCAUCUUCAAAUGUUCUCGCUGCAGUGCCUCCUGGAACACCACGAGCUGUUAGUACAGAAGAUAUAACAAGAGAGCCGCGAACCAUAACGAUACAAAAAGGGCAACAAGGUCUUGGAUUCAAUAUUGUUGGAGGCGAAGAUGGUCAUGGAAUCUAUGUAUCAUUUAUAUUAGCUGGAGGACCGGCGGAUGUUGGUGGUGAAUUGAAACGUGGAGAUCAGUUACUAACAGUAAACAAUAUCAGUUUGAAAAAUGCUACACAUGAGGAAGCAGCACAAGCAUUAAAAAAUGCUGGUGGCGUUGUGACAUUAGCUGCCCAAUAUCGUCCUGAAGACUAUAACCGAUUCGAAGCUCGGAUUCACGAACUUAAACAACAAGCCGCUUUAACGGCAGGCGCAGGAACUCUUUUACGAACUUCGCAGAAACGGUCUUUAUAUGUACGUGCACUUUUUGAUUACGAUCCAAAUCGUGAUGAUGGUCUUCCUUCGCGGGGGUUACCGUUCAAACAUGGCGACGUAUUACACGUAACAAACGCAUCUGAUGACGAGUGGUGGCAAGCCAGGCGAGUCUUAGGCGAUGGCGAGGAAGAAGGAAUGGGUAUUGUCCCGUCAAAAAGACGAUGGGAGCGGAAAAUGCGAGCACGCGAUCGUAGUGUUAAGUUCCAGGGUCAUGCAACCAAUAAUAUGGAUAAACAAUCUACGCUAGAUAGGAAAAAGAAGAACUUCACUUUUUCGCGAAAGUUUCCGUUCAUGAAAUCUAAAGACGAGAAAAAUGAAGACGGCAGCGAUCAAGAACACAAUGGAGUCGUUGAAUCUCUUGAAACUGAACAACAACCUUUCAUGCUUUGCUACACACAAGAUGAUGCCAAUGCAGAAGGAGGAGAGAUUAUCUACAGAGUGGAGUUGCCUGAUAUGGAGCAGAUUACACUUAUCUACCUGGAGAAUAGUGAUGCUGACUAUUCAUCUGAAGAAAAUGUGCUAUCAUACGAAGCAGUGCAACGCCUACAAAUUAACUACACUAGACCUGUAAUUGUGCUGGGACCAUUAAAGGAUCGAAUUAACGACGAUUUAAUUUCUGAAUUUCCUGAUAAAUUCGGGUCAUGCGUUCCGCAUACUACUCGACCAAAGCGUGACUAUGAAGUUGACGGUCGCGAUUAUCAUUUCGUCUCUUCGAGAGAGCAAAUGGAACACGAUAUUCAGAAUCAUCUUUUUAUUGAAGCGGGACAAUAUAAUGACAAUCUGUAUGGCACGUCAGUGGCCAGCGUGCGCGAGGUAGCCGAAAAGGGUAAGCACUGCAUUUUAGAUGUAUCAGCCAAUGCUAUCAAACGGCUGCAAGUGGCUCAAUUAUAUCCCAUCGCCAUAUUCAUAAAACCUAAAUCGGUUGACUCCAUAAUGGAAAUGAACAGACGUAUGACAGAAGAACAAGCGAAAAAGACGUUUGAACGUGCUUUGAAAAUGGAACAAGAGUUUGGAGAAUAUUUCACAGCUGUCGUACAAGGUGACACAAUUGAAGAAGUUUACAAUAAAGUUAAGCAAGUCAUCUGGUCACAGUCUGGACCAAUCAUAUGGGUGCCGUCUAAAGAAUCUCUAUGACCAACAGCCACAACCACUUGGACCUUACCGCCUCGGGCCCGUGCGCGACCAGUGUCAAGGUCUGCCUAUCAUCAUUGAUCAAUUGUUUUGCUUGAUUUCAUUAUAAUUGUCGAUUAUUUUGUCUUUGGUUUAAAUGUGAAAAAUUGAAAAAAAAAAGUACGAAAGAUGUAAGAAAAACCUAUUGCAAGGGAUAUUUAUUAAAAAAAUACUAAAUAUACAUAAAAACGAAACAUUAGACUAGGAACUAAGACGAGAUUCGAAAUCGAGAAAAAUGAAUUGAGAACGUUUAGAAUUAUUUAUAGGAAAUCCAGUUUCAGAAUAUAUGACAGGACAAAAAUGAUGCAAUACAAUAUUAACACAUAGAAAAUUGUUUUAAAUGGAGUAAAAAAUACAAUGAUGGAAUUAGCAAUAUGAGUUUGCUACUUAAGGGCAAUACGUUGUUGUUGGCUAUUCUUAUUUAUGUCCUUUUUCCUUCUGUUCAUGGUAUUUCAAAGUAUUUCGCAUAUUUUAGCAAGUGUGAAAAAAUUGUGAACCCUAAGCAAAUGAAAUGGAAUGAAAUCCACAAAUGAAAAAAGAAAUGAUGACAUUGAGAAAUGAAUUAAAAAAAAAUCUAAAAACUUUGCAGGAAACCAAGCCGUGCAUUCAUUGUAUCAUGUUUUUGUUGCUUACAUGUUGUUUCGAGCAUUAUUGUCAAAAAAUUAUAUGUUUUCGAAUAUAUUAUAUUAUUAAUUUCAUCCCUUUUUUCAUUUUUGAUGUUUUGUUUGAACAAUUGUUACAGCUAACGUCCAAUUAAAAUAUCUCGUUCCAAUCCGCUACGCAACAAUUCGCUUUUGUCGCUAUCCCAAUACUCACUGUAUCCUGUUGGAUUUCUCGCGAAUCAAACAAAAAGAAGAAUGCAGAUCAUUGUUCGUUCUGCGAGUGAACAUCAUUAAAAUUCACACUUUUCUAAACUAAAUAUUAGUCAGAUAUCGACUUAUUUUAUUUAAAACAAAACAGUGCCAAAUAUGACCUAGACAAAAGGUUAAGAGGGGAACAUAACCACUUACAUCAGAUGUCAAAUGCAACUACUCCACGAUUUGUUUAUUCAGUGUUUCCAGGUUGCUGGUUGGACAAAGCGUGCGCUUAACGGAAUGGUUCGUUGGAUUUUAAUGGAAACUUACCUAGCGCUUUGCACAGGAGAUGCUUACAUACCUACUAUACGACUGAUCGAAAUUUAUAUCACAUUCUAAUUACCGAAUUAUUUCCCAAGUAAAUUCGUCUAAAUGAUUUAACAAUUGUCACAAAUAAGGAGCAGAGAUUUCGUUCUGCUCAUACGAAUACCUGUAGUAUUUAUCUAUCUACUUAUCAAUAAUGAUAGUAAUAAACGUUUCCUUGAAGUACCAAUGUUUAGUUCCCAUAUAAUAUCUUCAAUUAUUACUAGUAUGUAUUGGCUUUUCCCAGUUGUUGAGGUCGUACUAACGAAUAAGUCUUCGAUUUCAAUUAUUUGAAGCAUCAAUUGUACUCUUCCUAAUUCCGCGCCCUUUUGAAAAGUAACUCGCAUAAAUUGCUAUUGCCUUUUGAAUUUUUUGUCACUUUCAAAUUUCUGCACCUAUAAUUCUCCACUUCACAUUCCUUUAUAAGUCUGAAAUCCAUUGGCUUUUAGAUAGAUACUAAAAAUUUAAAAAUCUGAAGAUAUUAAGAAAGACAAUCACUAAAUAAUAAAUUUCACCAAAAUUCUCACUCAAACCCAUCUCCAACAACAAAGGUUAUAAUUGAGUGUUUAUUAAUUAUGACUUAUGAAAUAGCCAAUGGUUUGCAGAAAUAACUUAAAGUUAAAUAAUGAAGCCGAAUUUUAAUAUUCCUUGUCGUUGGGCUGCAAAUUUCACGGAGAUGAAUGAUUAUUUACAAAAUAGAACUUCUCAUUCAAUAAAAAUUUACAACGAAAAUUGUCACCACACGGAUAUUUCACAUAACUAUUUACGCCAUGUGGCGUGUGUCUCCGUCCAGGUCGUGCGUCAUUAAAAUACUAUCCAGAUUAACGGAUAAACAUUCAUGCGGCAGAGCACCCACAUAAAGAGCCUUUAUGCGGCGUUGAUCAAAAAAACGAUAAGGUCCCGGAGCACGUGUGGCAAAUUUGUGAUAAGUUCUAGUUUGGGUUGACAUGCCUGAACUUCCCGAUAUUCUCAUCAUAUAUAAAAAUGUUCGCUUUGUAUCGUUUUCCGCGUAAAUUUUCAUUGGCAUGGAAGCACCUCAAGAUCUCGUAUUUAACAAAAGAGCAUAUAAAUCAGCAGUUAUUGAUUUGUACCUGUUGGAUGAUAAGUAGCCUUCCGUUCAGAAAAGAAAUGUGCAAGUUGUAUUCUAAAUCAAAAUUUGAAUAUUUAUUUUGCCAUUUAAACAAUACAAUAACAACAUUUUCGGAAAGUUUAGUCGUUGAUAGUGUGUAAUUAUCUCACUGUUGCGAGCUUGCAGGCAUUGGUGAAUAACAUGUAUAACUUUUCUAUACAUUCUCAGCCUUCUCGUUUGUUGAUAAUUUCAACUUAGUAUCAUUUGUGCCUGAACUUUAUUAUAAAUGCCUUUAUACAAAUAUUUAGAAAUAGAAAAUAUAUAAAACAAAAGAAAACUAUGACACAGUAUAGUGAAAGUUUAAUUUUCUAGUAUAACAAAACUGGAAGUGUUCAUUUGCUCCUAAAAUUGGCGUGUAUUAUAUGCCAGAUAUUCGAAGUCACGUUCAUUCCGUGCUUUUUUCGUUCUAUUUUACGAGUUGAACAAUGCAAUAUGAACCCUUGCAAUUAUGAACAAAAGUUAAUUUCACCACCGGAGUUUUUAUGUUCGCAUGUGAAUAAAUUGAAGCGGAUCCAUUUCCAUGUUUAAAUUUUUAUAUAGUAUCUCUUUGAAAAUUAAUAAAACCAUGUUAAUUAGUAAAAUAUGUA